CAAGUGUCCGUGUCUCCGCCCCAUUCCCGCCUGUGCCCCGCCCCUGUUCCCCGGUGCCUCCUCCCCGGGCUGUGAGUGGCUCCCCCGGCCCGUGUGGCUCAGUGCUGUCUCCGCUCUGCCCCAGGCUGAUGGCGCUAGUCGGUAACUCGGGGCCCCCACAGUCCGCCUGACUCUCCCGCCCUCCCUCCGUACUCCAGGCCGCGGCCCGGGCCUAGCCUUGCUGUGGGACUCCCCGGGGCCAUGUCUAACCAGGGAUCCCGGCGGAACGGGCCGGUGAAGCUGCGACUGACCGUGCUGUGCGCUAAAAAUCUGGUGAAAAAGGAUUUCUUCAGACUCCCGGAUCCCUUUGCCAAGGUGGUUGUGGAUGGCUCGGGGCAGUGCCACUCUACCGACACCGUCAAGAACACACUGGACCCAAAAUGGAACCAGCAUUAUGACCUCUACAUUGGCAAAUCUGACUCCAUUACCAUCAGUGUCUGGAACCACAAGAAGAUCCACAAAAAGCAGGGUGCUGGCUUCCUGGGCUGCGUACGGCUUCUCUCCAAUGCAAUUAAUCGGCUGAAGGACACUGGCUACCAGAGACUCGACCUAUGCAAGCUCGGUCCCAAUGACAAUGACACUGUGCGAGGGCAGAUUGUGGUCAGCCUGCAGUCCAGAGACAGGAUAGGCAGCGGCGGGCAAGUGGUCGACUGCAGCCGGCUUUUCGACAAUGACCUACCGGAUGGCUGGGAAGAGCGGAGGACUGCCUCUGGCCGCAUCCAGUACCUGAAUCACAUCACAAGGACGACACAGUGGGAGCGCCCCACGCGGCCUGCGUCGGAGUACUCCAGCCCCGGCCGGCCGCUCAGCUGCUUUGUGGAUGAGAAUACGCCAAUAACCGGGACCAAUGGUGCUACCUGUGGGCAAACCUCAGACCCCCGCAUCGCAGAGAGACGAGUUCGGUCCCAGCGGCACAGGAAUUACAUGAGCAGAACGCACUUACACACUCCUCCAGACUUGCCAGAGGGAUAUGAACAGAGAACUACACAGCAGGGCCAGGUGUAUUUCCUGCAUACACAGACGGGGGUCAGCACGUGGCACGAUCCCAGAGUUCCCAGGGAUCUUAGCAACAUCAACUGUGAAGAGUUAGGUCCUCUCCCUCCGGGCUGGGAGAUCCGCAAUACGGCAACAGGGCGGGUGUAUUUUGUAGAUCAUAACAACCGCACAACCCAAUUCACUGACCCCAGGCUCUCUGCAAACUUGCACCUCGUCUUAAACCGCCAGAACCAGCAGUUAAAGGAGCAGCAGCCCCCCCAGGUGGUGCCCCUAUGCCAGCUGCCCGAUGAGGUUGAGUGCCUGACCGUCCCGCGUUAUAAGAGGGACCUGGUACAUAAGCUGAAGAUCCUCAGACAAGAACUGUCCCAGCAGCAGCCCCAGGCCGGCCACUGCCGCAUCGAGGUGUCUCGGGAAGAGAUCUUUGAGGAAUCUUACCGGCAAGUGAUGAAGAUGAGACCAAAGGAUCUUUGGAAAAGACUAAUGAUAAAAUUCCGGGGGGAAGAAGGCCUGGAUUACGGAGGAGUUGCCAGGGAGUGGCUGUACCUGCUGUCCCAUGAAAUGUUGAAUCCGUAUUACGGCCUGUUCCAAUAUUCCCGGGACGAUAUUUAUACUCUACAGAUUAAUCCAGAUUCUGCAGUGAACCCGGAGCACUUGUCCUACUUCCAUUUUGUGGGCCGGAUCAUGGGAAUGGCUGUGUUCCACGGACACUACAUAGAUGGGGGCUUCACACUCCCUUUCUAUAAGCAGCUGCUGGGGAAACCCAUAACGUUAGAUGAUAUGGAGUCAGUAGAUCCCGAUCUUCACAACAGCCUUGUCUGGAUCCUAGAGAAUGAUAUAACGGGAGUGUUGGAUCACACAUUUUGCGUGGAACACAGCGCCUAUGGGGAAUUAAUCCAACAUGAGUUGAAACCCAGCGGCAAAAGCAUCCCGGUCACCGAGGAGACUAAAAAGGAAUAUGUCAGGCUGUAUGUGAACUGGCGGUUCCUGCGGGGGAUCGAGGCGCAGUUUCUGGCUCUGCAGAAGGGGUUUAACGAGGUGAUUCCCCAGCACUUGCUGAAAGCAUUUGAUGAAAAGGAACUAGAGCUGAUUAUCUGCGGCCUGGGGAAGAUCGAUGUGAAUGACUGGAAGUCGAACACGCGGCUAAAACACUGCACGGCUGACAGUAACAUCGUGAAAUGGUUCUGGAAAGCGGUGGAGUCGUUUGAUGAAGAGCGAAGGGCCCGGCUGCUGCAGUUUGUCACCGGCUCCUCCCGCGUCCCCCUCCAGGGCUUUAAGGCAUUACAGGGUGCUGCGGGGCCGAGACUUUUCACCAUUCACCAGAUCGACGCCAGCACUAACAACCUACCCAAGGCUCAUACCUGCUUUAACCGCAUAGACAUCCCGCCGUACGAGACCUACGAGAAGCUGUAUGAGAAGUUGCUGACGGCCAUCGAGGAGACGUGUGGGUUUGCUGUGGAGUGACCUUGCCCGCCUCGCCAGCCUUGCCACCAUUCCGCCUCCCUGCCCCGGGGCACUGGGACCCCGGCCAAUAAAAGGAGCGUUAGGGGAUGAGAGACAUGUGUGUGUGCAUAGACUUACGUGUGUGUCUCACCGAGAGAAAGUCGCUGUCUGUGGGCGACUAAGCUGCUAUUUAAACCAGUGACCCCAGACAUUGGCGAGAGCGCAGAGAGAGCGCUGCGAGUGCCGAGAGCGCCCCCUUGGGCCCACACAGGAGACUCCUGCGGAUAAAGACUACUAAUAUUUUUGUAUAAGAGAUUGGUUCUAUUACAUUCCCUCCUACGGACCCACAAACCCACCUUCCCCUCAUUGGUACAAACAGGAACGUGGCUCCGCGGGGGUGGGGCUGACCUCUGACAUCACUGGGUACACGCCCACCGACCCUAAACAUGGCCCCGACGUACUAAUAUAUAAUUUAAUACCUGUUAUUUCUAUUUUUAUCUUUAUUCUUAUAAAAGUUUUUGGGAUUUUUUUUUUUUUCUUUUGGACUGAAUUUUGUAGAAAGCAAUUUUUUUAACCAAACGGCUUAAAUUCUAAAGCAGAAGUUUCGCUAAAAGCCUUUGUGGGCGUCGCCGCCGAUCUCCGUCGUCUCCAAUCAGAGAAAAACUGCAAAAACGGGAAAAAUGCCAUAUUUUGCUACUAAUGAAUUUGUGUUUCUAUGGCAACGCGGAGCUUUAUCAGGGCCACCUACCUCUCUCUGUCUCAUCCUGGUCUCGUGUGUAAAUAGCAUUAAAAGAGAAUUUUCUGUGAAAGUUCUGUACAUAUCUGUAUAGGCCAGCGCUCCGUUCUAACCCCCCCCCAAAUGGAAGGCGUCAGUCCCAGCAGGUUCUGUUUGGCAGUAAAUGGGUUAAUUACCCCCCCCCCAUUGGAGGGCAAUGAGUAAGAUUUGGGGCAGAAGUAAGAUGGGAAAGGGCAGUUUUUGGGGGGUAAAUAAGCGUUGGGGGCGGCACAGAGACACGAGCGAAGGAACCGUCUCUUGUGGUUCCAUCACUUCGCUCCUCUCCUGCUCCGAGGCCUCGGGGGGUUCCAACAUGCACCCCAAGUUCUCCAGUACGGGCAACGUGUAUAGACUUGUGGGCUUGCAGAUUCCCCCAGGCCCUGGCAUGCUAGAACCCCCCCCCCCCCCCGUGACUACUCUAGAGAAGGGAGAGUUUGCUCUAGAACAGGUACAGGUGCCGACAGGGCAUUAAGUAAGAACGUGCCCCCUACAGGGGGCUUUUACUAUGCACGAGUCCGGAAAACUCAUGGUCUGUAACAUAGAGCUACUAGAACCGAGCUCCUGCUCUAGAACAGCCGGGAGUCACCAUGCUUUCUUGGUGGCAGGGUGGGGGAAUGUUCUGGAGCACUGAUUGUGACUAGUGCAGAGCCAGUGCUUUAGAGUCGGGCCUCUUCCUUUCCCCCCCCCCCCCCCCCGGGGCUUCAUGGUACCUGUACAAAGACUGAGUAAGAUAAAGUGCCCCCUUGUGGUGUAGCCAGGGAAGAAGUCCUAUUUGGGGCGGCCCUUGGGCACCCCAGCUUGUAGCUCCUCCCUUCCCAGCUGCCACCCACAGGAUUGGCAUUCUCACCCGACACUAAGUCAGAACCUUCCAGGCAAUGCGCGUGUGUAGCCGAGAACUCAGUCACCUGACCCAGAAGGGCUGUCGGACCCAUGUCCGUAAAUGGGGUCUCCCUAAUCUGAAAAGUCACGUGUGCACCCCUGUUGGCAGGAAGUCGCUAGCGCACCCCUAUUGGCAGGAAGUCACAUGUGCACCCCUGUUGGCAGGAAGUCGCUAGCGCACCCCUAUUGGCAGGAAGUCGCAUGUGCUCCCCUGUUGGCAGGAAGUCGCUAGCGAACCCCUAUUGGCAGGAAGUCGCAUGUGCUCCCCUGUUGGCAGGAAGUCGCUAGCGAACCCCUAUUGGCAGGAAGUCACAUGUGCUCCCCUGUUGGCAGGAAGUCGCUAGCGAACCCCUAUUGGCAGGAAGUCACAUGUGCUCCCCUAUUGGCAGGAAGUCGCUAGCACACCCCUAUUGGCAGGAAGUCACAUGUGCUCCCCUGUUGGCAGGAAGUCACAUGUGCUCCCCUGUUGGCAGGAAGUCACAUGUGCUCCCCUGUUGGCAGGAAGUCACAUGUGCUCCCCUGUUGGCAGGAAGUCACAUGUGCUCCCCUGUUGGCAGGAAGUCACAUGUGCUCCCCUGUUGGCAGGAAGUCACAUGUGCUCCCCUGUUGGCAGGAAGUCACAUGUGCUCCCCUGUUGGCAGGAAGUCACAUGUGCUCCCCUGUUGGCAGGAAGUCACUAGUGCAACGUUCAAUUCUUUCCCUGGCCAUUAAUUGUUCUGCUCUGUCUGAUCCGUGUGUGGGCUCAGAGGGGCUCCCUCCCGGUACCAGUAAGUUUGUGGGCUCCCUAAGAGUUGGGGUGCAGUGUUGAACUUCAGUACAGUUUUUAACCCCUUUACUGCCAACGGGUCACAAAGCCGCCUUACUGUGUUCAUGGGAAGCUCCCAGUGUGCUGACCCGGUUCUGUUGGUGCCGCCAGUAGUGUCAUUCUGUAACGUUGGGAAACUGCUUCAAUUUAUAGCUGAUUCAUUAAAAA